AUGGCAUGGCCUCGAGUUGCUGACCUCGUGCGUGGAGCGAGGUUGUGUGCACGUACGUACGCAACCACAUCCAAGCCAUACUAUGUCACGACGCCGAUCUACUAUGUGAAUGCAGAGCCGCACAUUGGCCAUCUACAUUCGAGCAUUAUGGCGGAUGUCUUGCGUCGAUAUGCCAAGCUUCGGUACGAUGGAUGGUCUCCCCUAGGCCCGCGCGGCGAAGGGACUAUCGAGCCACGCCUGACGACCGGCACAGAUGAGCAUGGUAUGAAGAUCCAGCGUGUAGCCGAGGCGCAAAACAUCGAGCCACGCGCUCUAUGUGACCGUGUGAGCGAGCGGUUUCGUGCACUGAACCAAGCUGGGCGCAUUGAAUGCACUCGGUUUAUCCGUACGACCGACGCGGAUCAUACCCAGGCCGUCCAGCAUUUCUGGUCUAUUCUACAAGAACGCGGCUAUUUAUACCAAGGACAUCAUGAAGGAUGGUAUGCUGUAUCUGAUGAGGCGUUCUACCCUGCAUCGCAAGUGCGUGAAGUCUUGAGUGACUCGGAGACGUACUAUGAGUCCAUCGAGUCUGGACAGCGUGUCGAGUGGAUGACGGAAGUGAACUACAAAUUCCGGCUCUCGGCAUUCCAGCAGCCGCUCCUGGCCUGGCUCGAAGCGAAUCCAGAGGCGAUUCAGCCUGCGUCGAUGUACGAGCACAUUCUAGCGGAAGUCCGUGCGGGUCUGAGUGACUUGUCCGUGUCGCGGCCACGCAGCCGAUUGCAUUGGGGAAUUCCUGUACCGAACGACGACGCGCAUACGAUGUAUGUGUGGGUCGAUGCGCUCGUCAACUAUAUCACGGCGCUAGGCUAUCCAUCCACGCCGUACGGCUGGCCGGCCGACGUGCAUGUCGUCGGCAAAGACAUUGUGCGAUUCCACACGAUCUACUGGCCUGCGCUUCUUAUGGCAGUGGGCCUGCCGGUGCCCCGUACCAUUGUCGCGCAUUCGCACUGGACAGUGAACAAGAUGAAGAUGUCCAAGUCGAAAGGCAACUCUGUGAAUCCGUUUGAGGCUAUCGACAAGUAUGGCAUCGAUACAAUCCGGUACUAUCUCAUGCGCAUCGGAGGCAACAUCGGGACGGAUGCGGACUAUGCGCCAGCGCUUCUGGAGGAGCACAAGCGCAAGUUUUUGCAGGGUCAGCUGGGCAAUCUCUUGUCCAGGGUCAUGGCGCCGAAAAUCCAAACGCGACUUGCAAGCGAAGGCGCGAUGCUCCCGCAGCCUGCAUGGACUGACGACGAUCGCACGUUGGUGGACGCGCUGCAAGCGCUGCCCGACGUUUUCGAUACGCAUAAGCGGCAAUGGGAAUUGUCUAAGGCGGUCAAUGCCGCGUUCUAUGUGAUUGGGCUGGCGAACGAACAUGUGCAACAUACGGCCCCGUGGGCUGCGACGACAUCCACGGAAGCUGUGCACCGAUGUGUGUUCCUCGCAAUGGAAGUAUUGCGUGUGUGUGGAUGCCUGUUGGAGCCCGUGAUGCCCGAGGCGAUGAAGACACUGCUGGAUGUCCUUCAAGUACCAGAGACGCAGCGGACAUGGUCUUCGCUGUCAACGCUGCAAGCUCAGGUACCGCUCCGGCGUGCGACAGAGAAGAUCGCACCGCUGUUUCCCCGUAGCUCGGCAUAA